AUGGCAGCCUCCGACGAUCUGAUCAACUUCGACGUUAUCGAAGCGCAAAAGGAAAAUAUCCAGGCGCUGCCGAGUGGACGUUCUGCCAAAAAACUGGCCGAACUAUUUUCACCUUCUCCCCUUCACAAGUUGGACACUCCAACGCCAUCUGACACCAAGAACGUCAACGACUGCAUAAGAGCCGAGUACGAGGAGGAAAUCCGCAACAUCUCCGAGUCGGACGACCCUCUUGAUAUCUUCGACCGCUAUGUGCGCUGGACCCUCGACGCAUACCCAUCGGCGCAAGCCACACCACAGUCUCAACUUCACACCCUACUAGAGCGCGCUACCAAGACCUUUAUCGGCUCAUCACAAUACAAAAACGACCCGAGAUACCUCAAGAUUUGGAUGCUGUACAUCCAGUUCUUCUCUGAUUCGCCUCGCGAGACAUUCCUCUUCCUAUCGCGUCACAACAUCGGAGAGACACUUGCCCUUUUCUACGAAGAAUACGCAGCGUGGCUCGAGGGCGCAGGCAGAUGGAACCAGGCGGAGGAGGUGUACAAGCUUGGUAUUGAGCGCGAGGCGAGACCUGUUCAGCGCUUGAUCCGCAAAUUCAAAGAGUUUGAGCAGAGACUCGCCCAACAACCCGACGAAGCCGAGGCGCCUUCAUCACCAGCGCUUCCUACCGUUCGGCCUGCUCUGGCCGCAAAGGCCCCUCGCCCCAGUCAAGGCGUUGGCGGCGCCGCGCCCAAGCCGGGCAAGGCCAAGAUGGCCAUCUUUUCGGACACUGAUUCAGCGCCCCCAGCACUGGCCUCGCGGGGGCCCAGCUCCAAGGGGUGGGACACAAUCGGUUCGCUGGGCGACCGGAAGAAGGAGAACGUGAUGGAGCCUAAACCGUGGGCGGGAGAGACAUUGAAGGCGGGCGGAAAGAAGAGCACUGCUCCUAAGAUGGCUAUCUUCAGGGAUACGUUGCAAUCAAAGUCGCGGCAGCAGUUGCGGUCUUCCCGGGCACAAAUGUCCAAGUCUCACAUCACCCUAGUGCCAUCCAAAAACCAGAUAGUCGUGAACCCCGUGAGCGGAAAGAAGGAGCGCAUCUUUGUCAGCCUCGAAGCUGUUUACCCCACCCCCGAAGAACCGGGCUCAGAGCUUGGUUUCGAGGAAGUCUGGGCCAUGAACCGAGGCUGGUUGGAUGUGUCCUGGGACGAGGAGCCACUAAUCGAAGAGGCCGCUCCUGAGGUGGUGGACACGGAGCCUUCCAUCGUGGACGACCUUGGCCAGAUGGUGCAGGAGAAGCUGGUUGUUCACACAGAAACUGUCAUGAUGGACGAGAAUGGCGCUAUCAUUAAGAAGGAGGGCAAGAGUAAAAAGAAGAAGGUGAUGGAGGUCAACGAGACCCAAAUCAUCAAGGCCAAUCUGGACUCACCAUCCAGGCCAAAGCUGAAGAAGAGAAAUACGGCCGAGCCGACAAUGACGCUUCACACUCGGGCUGCGACUGACGAAAUCUACGAGAUUUUCAAUCAACCCAUUCAGUCCAACUCCCAAGAGGAAGAGGAGGAGGAGGAAGAUGAGAGCGAUGACGACGAUGACUAUGAGACGGACGGCGACUACACGACAGAUGCAGAGAGCACCAUGAUCACACGCCAGGUAGACAUGGGUGACGAUGAUGCUGAUGAAGCGGACGAAGAAACUUCGGAUGUGAAGAGCGUCAGCGAGUGGUCCGACUUUUCCACCCGCAAGCAUGUCCCGGUUCUCAACGAGGAUGCGACACAGUCCGGUGUUGACGACACGCAAGCUUCUGACUUGAUGGACCCGAACUGCGUCGAGGCGACUGGCCCUUUGUCUGAUGAGCAAGCAGAAGCUCAAUACGACCGAGAGUCGGGAGACGAACGGAAUGAGGAAGAGGAGGAGGAGGAUGACGACGAAGACUAUCCACCGAGAACCAAGACCAUGUUCGUUCCGAUACCGCCUGAGGAUUAUGAGCCCAGAACAAGGCCGUUUAGGGACCCGGUCGAAAUGGCCAAUAACCGACUCCCCUUUAUGACUCCUAUCACGGAGAGGACUGAGUCUUCUCUUGCGUUUACAGAACGAAGGGCGAAGUACGAGACCCCAUGCCGCGACGACGUUGAGUCGACUAUCGACGAAGAGGAGCCAUACAUGGAGGAGCCUGGCAGCAGCCCCUUACGGGAGGUCCUUAGUGAGGUUCGACCUGUGAAGAUCGCCCAGCCUCUUCUCGGCAAGGCGAAAUCUGCGUCCGCGAAGCCAGCACCUCCCAAAGGCCCCAUUAUCAAGGAGUUGCAAUGCAACCCGGUCGACGAGGCGGUGAGGAAUGAGAUCCUCGCCAACAUGCAGCCCUCGCUAGACUCGUACCCCGGGUUCUAUGAUCACAGCGAUGAGAAGUAUGAAAAGGGCAACGAGAUCCGCAAGUUCGCCAAAGCCAUGACGAAGGCAGCCAAGAGUGGCUCGGAAAGGACGAGCAACGCAUGCGCUGUGGUCACCAUCGAAUUCCCCGACGUUGCUACUCAAUACACCAUCCGGAAAGAGCUUGGUGCAGGCGCUUUCGCCCCUGUCUAUCUUGUUGAAAACUCAUCCGCCGACCAGGAGGACGAGGAUGAGGAUGGCGUUGUGGCUAUGGGCAAGGGCACGUUUGCUGUCAGCCACCGUAGCCCCUUGGAGGCGCUCAAGAUGGAGCUUCCCCCAACACCAUGGGAGUUCCACAUGAUGCGCCUUGCCCACACGCGUCUGGGCCCCCAGCACCGUGCUGCUGCCUCCAUCUCAUAUGCCCAUGAAUUCCACCUCUACCAAGAUGAGGGCUUCCUCUUCCUCCCGUACCACCCUCACGGAAGUCUUCUUGACGUCGUCAACUUCUUCCGUGCCGAGCCAUCUGCCGUCAUGGACGAGCAGCUAGCCAUGUUCUUCACUAUCGAACUCUUCCGCACCAUGGAGUCUCUGCAUGCCCGCAGUGUCCUCCACGGCGACCUCAAGGUGGACAACUGUCUACUCCGCUUGGACACCGGCUCCAACGACCAACCAUUGUCAUCGCAGUACAGCGCCGACGGCACCGGGGGCUGGGAUGCUCGGGGCGUAACCCUUAUCGAUUUUGGCCGCGGUAUCGACAUGCGCAACUUCGAUCCGGACGUCGGCUUCAUCGCAGACUGGAAGACCAGCGCGCAAGACUGUGCCGAGAUGCGCGAGGGACGCCCGUGGACCUGGCAGAUCGACUACCACGGCCUUGCCGGUAUCGUGUACUGCCUGCUCUUUGGCAAGUACAUCGAGACGGUCCGCUGUGACCAGGGAGGCAUCGGCUCUGGACGCAAGUACCGCGUCCGUGAAAGCCUGAAGCGCUACUGGCAGACAGAGAUCUGGGGCGAGUGUUUCGAUGUACUGCUCAACCCCGGCUCGCAUGUUGCUGCGGAGGACGGCGCCCGCAUGCCGGUGCUCAAGAGCAUGCGCAGCGUCAGGGAGAAGAUGGAGAUUUGGUUGGAGAGCAACUGCGAGAGGGGUGUUGGGUUGAAGAGUCUCAUGAGCAAGGUCGAGGCCUUUGCCAAGGGCAGGAGGUGA